AGCGAUGAAUGGCUACACUUAGAUUUGUGACGACCACCCUCUCUCAUACGCGCCCUACAAGCUUACCCUCAUACUCAUCCUCUCAACGGUUGAUGUCCAACCCCCUAUCGUACCUCCGGAACCUCAUGAACGGCCAAACCUUUGACGAAAGCAAGUACCGCGCGGACUCGAGCUACAAGCCCGUCGGCGAGCGCCAGCUCGCGUACUUCGCGGCGGGAUGCUACUGGGGCGUCGAGCACGCCUUCGUGACCAAGUACCCAUACGAGGGCGUCCUCGAGACGAGCGUGGGGUUCAUGGGUGGACAUGUGGACAACCCAGGCUACAGACAAGUGUGCACGACGGACACGGGCCACGCUGAGGUCGUCAAGGUCGACUUUGACUCGGGCAAGACGUCGUUCCGCGAUCUCGUCAAGUUCUUCUACGCCAUCCACGACCCGACACAGCUGGGCGGGCAGGGAGUCGACAUGGGCGAUCAAUACCGCUCCGCCAUCUUCUGCCAGAGCGACGAGCAGCUCAAGGUCGCACAAGAGGUGACCGAAGAGCUCGGGCCCAAGUUCAAGGAGAAGAUCGUGACCGACAUCGUCCCGCCUAAGGACUAUCCCUUCACGCCCGCCUCGGGCAGCGACAGCAACCACCAGCUGUACCUCCUCCGCUAUGGACUCGGCGAGUCGCACUGCGCUGCGCACUUCGUGCGUUCAUGGUACAAAAGUGAGACCAAGUAAAGUCAGCGGGAAACUGUAAGAUGAUGUAGAGCUCAUAGGCAUGCUAUGAUAGUCGAUCAGUUGGUACGACGAAUGAAGAGAGAACGGUAGAAGAUAUGUAUAUUGCAUUAUAUGAUUCACAAAAUAACAUACGCAUAUAAC